UUGACACAUUUUGCAAAUGGGAACAUGGAUCCAGUCUGUACGUUUUACAAUAGGAAAUCUAAUAUUUCCCUCGACUCGGUUUAUGUAUGAUCAGGGAGGUGUCACUUACACCUCCCUGGUAUGAUAGUACUCCUCGUCAUACAAAAUGACAUAGACGGCUUGAAAGAGAACAAUUAUGACCUCAUGUUGACCUGAACUGGCUGAGUGAGCAUAAUGGCCGAAUCUGGAGCCGGUGAAGAUUGUAAACAUGACGAAGAAAACAGUAAAAUGUCGGACGAAGAAUCAGAAGUUGAAGACCAAGAGAGUAUAUAUGAAGUGGAGAAAAUAGUUGGAAUAUCAAAAGAUGGGGAUAAGACGUUGUACAAGGUGAGAUGGAAAGGGUACGGGGUUGAUGACGACACCUGGGAACCCAAAGACAACCUGCUUACCUGUGAGGAUCUCAUAGAUGAGUAUGUCGCCAAGGAAGAAAAGAAAAAGGCCACAAAGAAAUCUGGGAAAGGUCAGCCAGCUGAGAAAGAGACCAAGGCCCCUGCUAAGGAGCGGCACGCUCCGAAGAGAAGCUCAGGUCAACCUAAGAAAAAGAAGAAACGGAAACAGUCUUUAUACGAGCGGGAAGUUCCGGCUGACGAGGAGAGGAGAGACAGAAAGAAAAGUCACAGUACAGAUGAGGAAGGGGAUGGGAAAGAAGAUAAGAUGGCAAUGAGGAGGGGGAUGGGGAUAAGGGUGAUGGGGAAGAGGGGAUGGAUGUGGAAAGAGAGGGGGCAGGGGUGA